GCCACGCGCUCUCGCACGCAUGGUGCGUGGUGACGUCGCGGCGGCGCGGGCGCCAUCCCGGAAGCGCGAGCAAGGCCGCCAGAUGUGCAGGCAGCGGAGGAGGAGGAAGAGAUGGACCCACCGGACUCGGCCUCGAGGGUCUUCUGUAGCCGCAUCCUGAGCAUGGUGAAUGCGGACGACGUCAACGCCAUCAUCCUGGCCCAGAAGAACAUGCUGGACCGCUUUGAGAAGACGAACGAGAUGCUGCUCAACUUCAACAACCUGUCAAGUGCCCGCCUGCAGCAGAUGAGUGAGCGCUUUCUGCACCACACAAGGACCCUGGUGGAGAUGAAACGGGACCUGGACAGCAUCUUCCGCAGGAUCAGGACACUGAAAGGGAAGCUGGCCAGGCAGCACCCGGAGGCCUUCAGCCACAUCCCGGAGGCGUCCCUCCUGGAAGACGAGGAUGAAGACCCCAUCCCGCCCAGUACCACAACCACCAUUGCCACCUCGGAACAGAGCACAGGCUCGUGUGACACCAGCCCCGACACAGUCUCACCCUCCCUCAGCCCCGGCUUCGAGGACCUGUCCCACGUCCGGCCUGGCUCCCCUGCCAUCAAUGGCCACAGCCAUACAGAUGACGAGGAGACGCCGGGCGAGUAGCCCUAACUCCCAGGAGCUCGGAGGGGUCUCAGGGCAGCAGCGGUGCCACUGCCCAGAUGUCUGAGGUGGCAGUGGGUAACCCUGCCUUGAGACAGUCAGCUUUGCCACCCUACUCUGUCAUUUGGGGCUCACUGGGGGACAAGGCUCCUUCCCUGGGGUAUGGAAUUCCUGGGGAUCUAUCAUUCCCCCUCCUUCCUCACUGAGAACGUCUCUCUUCUGUAGACCCCUCUGCCAGGCCAGGGGAUGACCAGUCCAGCUGGAGUCGGGUUGGGCGCAAGGGAGCUUUUCCAGAGCCAGGCCUGAGGUCUGCUCUGAGCAACACCUAAAGGUUCCCAGAGACCAGAGCCAGAUGUCCUCUGCCCCAGCACCCUGGUCAGGACCUCCUCAAGGUGGCCAAGCACUGUCAUGUCUGAGUUCACCCCAGCCCACCCCUGUGCCUACUAAUUCUGGUCUCCUUGCCCCUUCCUCCAAUGACAGUAUUGAAUACUUUCUCCAGUCAUUAUCUCAAGGAGGUUUCUGAGACAGUUGUAGAAGCCUCAAGGCAGAGAUUAGCCAUCCACUCAGCCUGGUUAGGCCCUGUUUCUCGGACCAGAGGUGUGGACCCUGAGGGCCCAGCAGGCUUCUCCUGGGGCCUCCAUGGAGCAAGCCGAGCCACCUUGGAGAACAGAGUUAAGCAGAAUAUUUUUGUACCCGAUGUUUACAGAUGCUGUUGUGAAGUUAUCAAUAAAAAGACUCUGUUACUAAAAA